AUGGCUGUUAGUGUAGGUGACAUGAGUGCGGCAUCGACAAGUAGCCCGCGGGCACGAUGGAAGUACCUGGACAACUUCCUUACUCGUAAGGGACCAUUCACAGAUGAAGACGCCUUCAUGGCUGGCGAACAGGUCAUUGAGUAUCUGAGCAAUCUCAAAGUUCUUGUCAUUGGAGCCGGCGGUCUGGGCUGCGAAAUCCUCAAGAAUCUUGCCCUGUCUGGAUUCAAAGACAUCCACGUUAUUGACAUGGACACCAUUGACGUCAGCAACUUGAAUCGACAAUUCCUCUUCCGAGCGUCGGAUGUAGGAAAGUACAAGGCUGAGACCGCUGCUGCGUUCGUCGAAAAGCGUGUGAAGGGCGUUAAGAUCACUCCGUACUGUGGCAAAAUCCAAGACAAGGACGAGAGCUACUACAUGCAAUUCGGACUCAUAGUAUGCGGCCUGGAUUCCAUCGAGGCAAGACGAUGGAUUAACGCAACACUUGUUGGCAUGGUGGAUGAGAACGACCCGGAUUCGAUGAAGCCGUUGAUCGAUGGAGGAACAGAGGGCUUCAAAGGUCAAGCACGUGUCAUCUUCCCAACUAUGACCUCGUGUAUCGAAUGUCAGCUGGACAUGCAUGCUCCUCGCGCAGCAGUUCCUCUUUGCACACUCGCCACCAUCCCACGUCAACCACAACAUUGUAUCGAAUGGGCACAUAUCAUCGCCUGGGACGAGGAGCGCAAGGACAUAACUCUUGACACUGACGACCCAGAGCACAUUACCUGGCUGUUCAACAAGGCCUCCGCCCGCGCUAAGGAGUUCAAUAUCGAGGGCGUUACCUACAGCAUGACGCAAGGUGUUGUCAAGAAUAUCAUCCCCGCUAUUGCGAGUACGAAUGCCAUUGUAGCGGCCAGUUGCUGCAACGAGGCGUUCAAGGUGGCAACGAACACGGCGCCCUUCAUGGGGUUCCCAGGCACAGACAACUACAUGAUGUACACCGGUGAUGACUCUGUAUACACGUAUACCUUUGAGCAUCAGAAGAAGGACGACUGUCCCGUCUGUGGCGCUGGUAACAUUGCUCGUCCUCUUCAAGUUCUUCCUGGUAUCACCCUGCAGGAGUUCAUCGAUGGACUGGCGGAGCGACCAGAAGCUCAACUCAAGAAGCCGUCCAUUCGUACCGGCGAGAAGUCGCUCUACAUGCAGCUUGCAGGUCUCGAAGAGCAAACACGUCCUAAUCUGGAGAAGAAGAUGGUCGAUCUUGUUGAGGAGGGCGAGGAGCUGCUCAUCACAGAUAGGAGCUUCCCGACACAGUUCAAGUACAAGGUUGUAUGGGCGUCCAAAUAA